CUAAAAGUUAACGCCGUCAAAAUAUUCCGUAACAGAGGUUAGUUGAACAACCUCAAGUUUGAACACCUAAACAUAAUCUCCGCCGCUGACGUCAGAAAAUCUCCUCACCUCUGAGACGAAGUAGAGAUGAAAGCAAUGAGUCUGAUUACGAAUAAGGUUGAGAGAGCCGAGCUUAAACCUGGUGAUCACAUCUACACUUACCGAGCCGUCUUCGCCUAUUCUCACCACGGUGUGUUUGUUGGUGGUUGUAAGGUGGUUCAUUUCAAACCUGAGCAAACCUUGAAAGCAGCUCCCACACUCUCUUCUUCUUCUUCUUCUUCAGUUUCAGAGGUUAAUGAUUCUUCAGAAGCUCCUUGCCCUACAUACCCUGACUGUGGAUUCAAACAACCAAACAGUGGAGUACUUCUCUCUUGCCUUGACUGUUUCCUCAAGAACGGCUCUCUCUACCGUUUCGAAUACGGAGUCAGCUCAUCGAUGUUCCUUACUAGAGUCCGCGGUGGCACUUGCACUACAGCUCCAUCUGAUCCCUUUCAAACAGUUGUCCACAGAGCAAUGCACCUUCUCCAGAACGGGUUUGGUAACUACGACAUCUUCCAGAACAACUGCGAAGACUUUGCUCUCUACUGCAAGACGGGACUGCUCAUUCUGGAUAAGAACGGUGUUGGGAGAAGCGGUCAAGCCAGCUCCAUUCUCGGCGCUCCUUUAGCUGCACUCCUCUCUUCACCUCUCACGCUGUUGAUUUCAAAUCCUGUUGGUGUAGCGACAGCCACUGCUGGGAUGUAUUGUAUGAGCAGGUAUGCUACUGAUAUAGGUGUUAGAACCGAUGUGAUCAAGGUUCCCGUUGAGGAUUUGGCUCUGAACCUUGGUAUUAAAACCCUCAAGAAAAGGUGAAAAAGCUUAUGGCUCUUGCAUUUGCAGGUGAACAUAGAUUCUAUCAUGUACAUAAGACUGGCCAGUGUUUUUAGCUAUGAUCUUGAUUUGUCGUCCUUGAUCUCAUCUCUUGUUUUCUAUUGUGAAACUGUAAAGAUUCUCUAGGUUUUAUUGUGGUUUCCAACAUUAUCACGAUUUAGUUCUAUAACUUGCUUUUUGGCCUUA